CAGUAGCGUCGCGUCACAUGUCUAUGCUUUGUUGCCGAUAUUUUCAAAAUAUUGUACAGUCAGCUGUUUUUGUUUCAUAACAGAUAACACAACAUGUCAGGACACCGGUUUUUACCUCUUGAAAUAAUAGAAAAGAUCCUGAAGUAUCUUAAACCUUCAGACCGCUUAGUUGCAACCACAGUUUGUUUGUCAUGGUAUGAAGCUUCUUUGACAUUUUCUCUUUGGAAGGAUGUUGUCCUUACUAUGGAAAACUCAUUGGAUGAGGCGGCUGCAAUAUACCAGUUCACUAGGAAACCAAUUCAACAUGUUAGAAUUAAGGAUGUAAAUUUCAGUUCUAGCACCCCAGGCUUUUUUGCAUUUUGGGAGCAAAUUAGUCGCAGUCUUUUAUCUUUAGAAAUACAUAGAAGUUAUGUGACAGAGAGCAACCUUUUGAACAUACUUUUAUGCUGCCAUUCUUUGGAGAGCCUUCAUUUUCAUGACUGCCGUGAUACAUUUAUCACUGGAAAGCUUUUCAGCAAUGCUCUAGUCUUAUCUCAUGUUAAGAAAGCAAUGCCAAAAUUAAAGUCACUUGGUUUUUCAGAAAACAAUUCCUAUUUAUCUGAUGCCCUUCUUGAUCGUUUCAUGACUUUAGUAGCCAACUUAGAAUAUCUGAGUUUUUCAGGAACUACAGUAUCUUUUCAUCCUGGAAUCAACAAAAAGUUUUAUUCAGAAAACAGAACAAAAGUAGGUAGUACAUCUUCUGAAUUAGUUUUAACCUUUGAUUGCAUUAUGCAACAUAUUGAAAACCACUCUGCAACCGUUAAAUAUCUUGACUUUAGUCAAACUCAAAUUGACGAUAAGGCGUGUGUUUCCUUGUCGAAGAUAGGAGAUCUCAAACUCCAUAGCCUUUUAUUACGUAGCUGUGAAGUUGGCAGUACUGGAAUCAACAGCUUGUGUGCAACCCAAUCAACUUUGACCGAGUUAGAUAUUAGUUGUUGUCCUCGUAUUACCGACACUGCUUUGAGUAGCAUUUGCAGCUUAUUACCUAAUCUGCAAAAACUCUCACUUCGAAAUUGUCAUGCAGUGACUGACACUGGGUUGUCUUGCUUAAGCCAGUUAUCUGGACUUAAGGAGAUAAAUCUCCAGGCACUUCGAAACAUAACCUCAUACGGUAUUGAGAAAGGACUGUUUCAUAAACGAAAUGAAGUACUUCGGAAAAUUAACCUGAGCAUGACCAGAAUUACGGAAGUGGCACUCCUUCAUUUGGCAGAGAAUUCUCCUUUCUUAACCCACUUGGAUCUCACCUCUUGUACUGAAGCCGUUUCGGACUCCAGUCUUCCGGUCGUUUGUAACUUGCUCUUAAAACUGCUUGAUCUUCGACUGGAUUGGUGCGUCUCCAUCACAGACGACGGUUUCAGAGAGGCAAAAGUGUCUACACUUUUGAUUCCUGCAGUUAGCGAUGGACAACAAAAUGAAUGGACGCUCGAAAAAUCUCCUUAUAGUACAUCCAAUUUGAGAGGCCUCGUUUAUCUUUCGAUCAGUGGAUGCAACAAAAUCACAGAUCAAAGCUUGCAAGAAGCUUUCCGGUUCCGUAAUCUGCGCUACCUGGAUUUAAAUGCAUGUUCGUUGGUAACGGAUACCGGACUUGUCUCUCUGUGCGAACACAACCGUGGACUUGAAACUUUAAUUUUGAAUUAUUGCAAAAUUACAGAUUGUGCGAUGAUAACAGCAAUUAGUUAUCUAGCCAGAAUAAUCAAAUUAAGUCUGCAUGGGUGUUCGAAUAUUACCAAGUUGACUCUUCAGGCUAUCGAAAAAUUCCAACUACGAUAUUUAAGUCAUUUGGAUAUAAGUCAUUGUGUUUUGAUCUCACUGGAAUAUGCAUUUCAGUUUCAACUAAGAACUUCUCUUCGAGAAUUGGGCACUGUCGGCCUUGAAUAAUUAAUAAUUUAGAUCAAAAUUUUCCUCUAUAGACUGCAAAAUUAUUUUCAGAUGAAAAAGAUUUUUUGUAAGGUGUCCAAUCUGUUCAAAGUUUGUAAAAAGUAAAUGUAUUAGAUCUGUUAUUGUUUUCGUAGUA